AGUGGCAGCACCCUCGCACCAGAGCUGUCCGCCGGGCUGCCGUGCCACCGGGGGAGAAGAUGUCGGACUCGGAGGGGUGCCAGAAUGGUGCGGAAGGUGUGAACCAAGUGGGAGAUGAAUCACCUGGGGAGAGUGAGAGGCUGACAGCGCAGUGGAGCGUGGAAGACGAGGAGGAGGCGGCAAGAGAGCGGCGGCGGCGGGAGCGGGAGAAGCAGUUGAGGUCCCAGGCCGAAGAGGGCUUGAACAGCACCGUCUCCUGCUCAGAGAGUGUGGGUCCGGCACAGGAAAACCACUAUGACUUUAAGCCAUCCGGGACUUCAGAGCUGGAGGAGGAUGAGGGGUUCAGUGACUGGUCCCAGAAGCUCGAGCAGCGCAAACAGAGGUCUCCACGACAGUCAUAUGAAGAAGAGGACGGUGGUGUGAGGGAAGCUGAAGUCAAACUGGAGCAGAUCCAGCUGGAUCAGGAAAGCCCGGAGGAGGUCCAGGAGGAGAAUGUGGUUAUCAGGGAGGAAGAGAGGCUGUGCCAGGAGGAAGAACAGCUCCAAGACCAGGAGGAAGAGGAGAGAGCCGAGCAAGAGGAAAAGAAGAGAAGAAGAAAUGAAGAAGAAGAAGAAACACCAGAAAAACGCCAGAAGGCCCCAAGCCCUGCCAGCCUGGAAGAAGAAGAGCUGUGUUCUGACCACACCGCCAUGUGCUCCACAAAGAUCACAGACAGAACUGAGUUGCUGAACCGCUCAAUAAAGAAAAGUAACAGCAUAAAGAAAACUCAGCCUCCCCUCCCUGUGUCGAAGAUUGAUGACAGGCUGGAGCAGUACACACAGGCUAUUGAGACAUCCACAAAGGCUCCAAAACCUGUCCGGCAGCCCUCUCUUGACCUUCCCACCACGAGCAUGAUGGUAGCCAGCACGAAAAGCCUCUGGGAGACUGGAGAGGUCGCAGCUCAGUCUGCCGCGAAGUCCCUGCCCUGUAAGGAUAUCGUGGCUGGAGACAUUGUGAGUAAAAGAAGCCUUUGGGAACAGAAGGGCAAUCCCAAACCCGAGACCAAUAUCAAGUCUACUCCUUCUGGCAAAAAGUAUAAAUUUGUUGCAACAGGCCAUGGCCAGUACAAGAAGGUGUUGAUAGAUGAUGCUGCAGAGCAAUAGCAUGCCUGGAGAACUCAUUAACCAGCUGAGCUUGGUCCUGGCUUGAUGCAACCCUCAAUGCCACUAUUUCCUCUGCUCCACAGAAGACAAUUGAAGGAUGUUUCUCUUCUCCUGCCUGAUGUCAGUGUGCUUUGGUACAGCCUGACUCCUCUCGGGGUGUAAGCAAUACCCCAUGCUGCCUCCAGUUGGAUGAAAGGAACUAGAUCAGCUGGCAAAACUGUCCCUGUUUUAACUUUCUAUGUGACUCUCUGGCACUUUU